UGGUGAGACUCACGUAGUCGCAUCUCACGGCGUGACCCCCGUGCUGCUGCUGCUGCCACCUUCCUCCGCUGGCCAUGGCGAGCAGCUCUCGCUGUCCCCUGGUCGCGUUUCCAGCGCCGCUGCCCCUGCUCGUGACGGAUGAGCAGGGCCGCUUCUGCGUGGUGGUAGACACGGCCCGGGCACUUGCGAGGAUCGCGAAGCCCGUGGUGGUGGUGGCCAUCGUGGGCCGGUACCGCACCGGCAAGUCCUUCCUGAUGAACAGACUCGCGGGGACCAGGGCCGGAUCGUGCACCCCGGUGCAGGCGUUUCCCCUGGGGAGCACGGUGGAGGCUCACACAAAGGGCAUCUGGGUCUGGUUACGGCCACACCCACGGGACCAAGAGAAGUGCCUCCUGCUGCUCGACACCGAGGGCCAGGGAGACAUCCACAGCUCGGGCAGUGAGCAUGACACAUGGCUGUUUGUGCUGGCCAUGCUGCUGAGCUCCACGCUGUUGUUUAACACGAAGGGCACGCUCGACAAGGAAGGCAUGGAGCAGCUGCACUUCAUAUUGAACCUAGCAGACCACGUGAGAACGAAGGAGCACCAAAAAGCUGACCGCAUCGGCUCGGACUUUCACCGACACUUCCCGUCGCUGGUGAUGUGCAUGCGGGACUUCACGCUGCACCUGGAGGUGGGAGGCAGGCCCUGCACGGCCGACGACUACAUGGAGCACUGCCUGCAAAUGCGCAAGAAGGGGCUAGCCAAGGCUUGCCGCGAGUUCAACGAGCAGCGGGAGAUGCUCUGCGGUUACUUCAAGGAGCGAAAGUGUUUCGUGUUCCCAGUGCCAGCUGAAGCACAACACCUGGAGCACCUUGAGGAGCUACCGGACGACAGGCUCAACCCCAAGUUCCUCAGCGUGGCCGACAAUUUAAUUAAGUACAUCUUGGAUUCUGCCAAAGUCAAGCACGUCUGCGGAACAGUCAUCUUCACCCACACUUUCAUUGAACUGGUGGAGCAGUAUGCGUCAGCUCAGCGGGCGCACGCAUUGCCCUGCAUAGAGAGCGCCCUCGUGCAGGUGGUGACGCUGGCGAACCGGCAGGCCAAGGAGGCGGCGCUUGCAUUCUACCGGAAGGCGAUGGGCCCGGUCGCGGAACGUCUCUCUCUUCCCACGCUGGAGCUCAAUGCGCGGCACCAGGAGGGCGUGGAGGCGGCCGUUGCGCUGUUCCACAGCCGCUCUGUGCUCGACAAGGACCACGCUCACGAGAAGGAGCUCAUGAAAGCAAUCACUGAAGUUUACAAGGGGCUGAUUAUGAAAAAUGCAGAGGCGUCACAAUGCAAGUGUAAGGAACGCCUUCUGCAGCUGUACCAGCCCAUUAAAGUGAAGGUGCAGCAGCGUGAAUUCUAUCGGCCAGGAGGCUUCCAGGAGUACCAGGCCUUGAUGGAGAAUCUCCAAGAAAACUACAACAGCACCCCAGGACUGGGCAUGGCGCAGGAAAAUGUCCUCAAGGUGUUCAUGGAUCAAACUAAGGACACAGGAAGCAACAUCCUCAUGAUGGACAAAGGCAUCUCACAAAUGGAAAGGAAUAAGCGAGAAAAUGACGAGCGGAAGAAACGAUUGGAGCAGGGGAAGAGAGCGCUGCAAGAACAAAAUAAUCAGAAACAGGUCCAGAUGGAAAGCUUGAAGAAUCAACUGGAGACCAACAAGACAGAGUUUGAUAAGAAGGUGAAACGCAUGAAGGAGCAAACAUUGUCUAUUCCCGAGGACAUGGACAUUGAAGAUGACAGUAUGGACAUGUAUGACAUGUUAGAGAACGUAUUGGGUUUUGGACUGAAAGUUGCAUUCACCGUUUUAUUGUUUAUUUGAGAUUCCAAAUUGGCAGUCAACCUCUAUCUUACCUAUAAACGUCAUUUUUUGUCUGUCUGUCCGUCUGUCUGUGGACGUGUACUUGAAGGAUUUGGCUCGAAAACCGUGGGAUUUACAUUUAAAAAAGUAUCCAUGUACCACGCCGUAAGCCCCAUGGUGAGCCAGCGCUAUUCCGUUUUCACAUCCGUCAACUUUAAAGUAUUUAAAUUAGCAAUUAAUUGCAAUUCCGCUUUAUUUAAUUAUUUCCUCGCACUGCUAAAGCUGCCCGCGGGUUGCCCCUAGCAACACACACACAUCAUCGGAUUGCUCAUUCGUGUUCAAAAUGCAAAAAAAUACACACAAAGUUGAGGUAAAUUCAUCAAAGUGUAAUGUCCUCUUCUCCCCCCCCCACCCCAAAGUGUCAGUAGAUACUAAUAUUAUAGCGCUUAGUGUUAUUGUAGCGCGGGCGGGAGGAUGGUGGGAGGGGUGGGCUGGGUUAGCGGCCCAACCCCCAACCUGCCAAGGUGCCACCUCGGCCGGCUGGGCAAUCUAGGCGAGGCCGGGGGCUCUGCACAGGACUAGGCCUCACCACGCCACUUUGUCAGGUGAAUACUUUGUGCUAUAGAGUCGAUAUAUACUGCUAUAGAGUCAGCACGUACUACUGUCGGGAUAGCAGGUACCACCACAGUUACUUUGCACUGCUGUUAUCAUAGCAGGUACCAUCACAGUCAGUUUGCACUGCUGUAGUGAAAGCAAGUACCACCACAGUAUGCACUGCUGUAAUCAUAGCAGGUACCACCAGUCAGUAUGCACUGCUGCCGUCAUAGCGGGUACCACCACAGUCGGUAUGCACUGCUGUAGUGAUAGCAGGUUACCACCACUGCUGUAGUCAUAGCAGGUUACCAUCAUAGUCGGUAUGCACUGCUGUAGUGAUAGGUACCACCACAGUCAGUAUGCAUUGCUGUAGUGAUAGGUACCACCACAGUCACUAUGUAUUUCUGUAAUCAUAGCAGGUACCAUCACAGUCGCUAUGCACUGCUGUGGUCGUAGCAGGAUCGCACCAGUCAGUAUGCACUGCUGUAGUGAAAGCAGGUACCACCACAGUCGGUAUGCACUGCUGUAGUGAUAGCAGAUACCACCAAAGUCGCUGUGCGCUCCUGUGGUCAUAGCAGGUACCACCACAUUAUGCAUUGCUGUAGUCAUAGCGGGUACCACCACAGUCGUUAUGCCCUGCUGUAGUGAUAACAGGUAUCACCACAGUUGGUAUGCACUGCUGUAGUGAAAGCAGGUACCACCACAGUCGCUAUGCGCUCCUGUGGUCAUAGCAGGCACAACCACAGUAUGCACUGCUGUAAUCAUAGAAGGUAUCACCACAGUCAGUAUGCACUGCUGUAAUCCUAGCAGGAACCACCACAGUCAGUAUGCACUGCUGUAAUCAUAGCAGGGACCACCACAGUCGGUAUGCACUGCUGUAGUGAAAGCAGGUACCACCACAGUUGCUAUGUGCUCCUGUGGUCAUAGCAGGCACAACCACAGUACGCACUGCUAUAAUCAUAGAAGGUACCACCACAGUCAGUAUGCACUGCUGUAAUCCUAGCAGGAACCACCACAGUCAGUAUGCACUGCUGUAGUGAUGGUAGAUACUGCUAUCGAGUUGCUAGAUAUAUGCAAUAUAGAGUUAGUAGAUAUUAAAACAGUAUAUACCACUACGGUCAGUAAAUACUACGAUACUACUUACUCUGUUGUCUGUAGGGUGUGUACGUAUAUAUAAACCUACGCGGGGGUAAACAUUUUCGGAAACCUUUUAUAUCAACUAUUUACCCCCCACUUUCUAUAACUUUUUGGACUUCUGCAAGCCUCUUAUAAUUUUGUUGGUGGAGAAAUGGACAAACGGCCCGCCGGGCUUUCACAAUAGCUUACUAUCUGUGUAUGGAUAUGUAUUUUUAAGAGAAGUUGUGAAAUAUAUUUUUUGCCUGGGCAACGCCAGGUACUUCCCGCUAGUACACUAUAUAAUACUCCUCCUUCUCGUGUCCUGCCACCACGGUCGCAUGUUUAUCUAGCAUCGGGCCACGUCGUGGUGAUGAUGAUGUUGGCCUGGGUCUGUAGCCCAGGCUAGGUCGUCUGGGGUGCGUGCCUCCUCCAGGAGCCGACAGACCAAGAGAUGCUCCAUGGUCUCUGCCUCACUGCCAUCUCACACGAGUCACAAUACUCAGAGCUUCCGAUGCACUUUCACACAGGGAUUUAUUGUGGCUCUUUUUCUACUGGAUUGUAACUAUGUUCUAUCCACUGCUGGAUAGAGGCCAGACUGGAAAUCUCUGAAAAAGAGCUCCAUAGGGUAAUCGGAUUCCUCCAGUUUUAAAUAAAGAUUCUUAUUCUGAUGGACGAGCCCCUCUAGUAAAGCAAUGAAAGUAAAGUUAGGAAAUGAUUGAAGAACUUCGCAAAGCCUCGAGAUGAAUACAACCAAAAGUUAAGUACAACAAUUUUGCCGAACAUAAUAAUUACUGGCGGUAUACCACGAGGAAACACAGCUGAAUGUGUAUGAUGAUUACCUUGAUCACAAAGAAUGGUCCUUUGAGUACGAUGUUGCCUCACCUAGGAUUGGUUAGAUGUUUGCAAGCCCUACCUUCAUUGGAAUUCGGAAAACGCGUGGUAACAAACUACUUGAAUUGCCUCAUGCAGUUUUAGUUAGUAUACGUAAUCUGCUCUACCUUCGUUAAUCUGUGUUCUAUGUGAGAAGGCUGUUUCUGGUGUAGGCCAAUCAGUGUCAAAGACAAUGCAUAUAUUAGCAAAGCAUGUUUGUUUGCAUGUUUUGCCACAAGUAUGUGUGGCUAAUGGAGUACUUGAUGAAAGGGUAAAACCUAUUCUUAGCUUUACCAUGUAUAUACCAUUAUUAGUCUUUUUCCCCUCCCUUCCCCUUGAUAUGUUGUCAAUA